AUGAAUGAGGUAAGCGUAACAGGAGCUGAACUAAUAGCGAUAAAAGUAGCGUUGGAAGUAGUCAAUGAUGAAAGUUUAGAACAGUACGUUAUUUUCACGGACUCCAAGUCAGCAUGCGAAAUCCUAGACAAUGCGAAACAACAAUCGAAACGAGAAGAGAUAAUCAACGAUAUCCUGGUGCUGGCAUCCCGCUGGAAGGUGUCCAUACAGUGGAUUCCUAGCCAUGUCGGUGAUAAAGGCAAUGAUUUGGCAGACGACCUUGCCAAGCAAGGAGCAGAGGGAAAACACUGCGAAACAUUGGAUAAUUCCAUAUCAUAUAGCGAUGUGUACUUGAUCCUGAAAAAACGAAAACAAUUUCAAGCUAACGAUUGGUACAAAGAAUAUGGAAAGGAAAAAGGAAAAAAACCUUCAUAG